AUGAACAAGUUCCUGUGCUGCACGCUUGUGUCAGUGUUGGUUAUUAUUGCACUAAUGCUGAUCAGUAUCUCCAGGUCUUGGGAGAACAUUCUUGCUUUAGGACUUUCUAAACAGCUCAAUUUUGCUUUGUAUACACAAACAUAUGAUGAAUUAGUAGCAGUGUCCCUCAUGUCAUUGCAGGAAAUGUCAUUGCCCCGGCAGCAGUUCUUGGAUAUCUCUGUUAAGUGGACAACUCAAGAAACCGCUCCCCCAAAGUAUCUCCAUUAUGACCCAGUAACAUCUCGCCAACUGAUGUGUGACCAGUGCCCGCCGGGAACCUAUGUAAAACAGCACUGUACAGCUACAAAAAAGACUGAAUGUGCACCAUGUCCAGAUCAGUACUAUGCAGAGGACUGGAACAACAACGAUGAAUGCCAGUACUGCAACAUAGUGUGCAAAGAGCUGCAGUAUGUGAAGCAAGAAUGCAACAGUACACAGAACCGCAUCUGUGAAUGUACUGAAGGGAGAUACCUUGAGCUAGAAUUUUGUUUAAGGCACACAGAAUGUCCUCCUGGAUUUGGUGUAGUACAACCAGGCACCCCUGAGAGUGACACCAUUUGCCAGAGAUGUCCAGAAGGAUUUUUCUCAAAUGAAACUUCAUCCAAAGCAGCCUGUGAAAAACACACAAACUGCAGUGCACUGGGUCGUAAAAUAGCACUGACUGGCAAUGCGGUUCGUGACAAUAUGUGUCGUGAAAACACGGAUGCAUCAGCUCAAAAAUGCGGAAUAGAUGUAACCCUAUGCGAGGAAGCAGUUUUCAGGUUUGCUGUUCCUGAAAAACUCACUCCUAACUGGCUGAAUGUACUAACGGACGGUUUGCCUGGGACAAAGAUUAAUGCAGAAAAUAUAGAAAGGAUUAAACAAAAACAUAGUUCUCAAGAACAGAUGUUCCAACUGUUGAAAUUAUGGAAGCAGCAAAACAAAGAACAGGAUAUGGUCAAGAAGAUCAUUCAAGAUAUUGAUCUCUGUGAAAACAGCAUUUUAAAACAUAUUGGCCAGGCUAAUCUAACCUUUGAACAUCUCAACAUUCUGAUGGUGAGUUUACCAGGAAAGAAAGUAAGAAAAGAAGAUAUUCAGCACACUAUGAAGCUGUGCAAACCUACAGAACAAAUUCUAAAGCUUCUUAACCUAUGGAGAAUAAAAAACGCUGAUCAAGACACUAUUAAGGCCCUAACGCAUGGGCUGAAGCAUUUGAAAGCGUACCACUUUCCCAAAAAACCUAUCCAAAGUCUGAAGAAGGUGGUCAAGUUGCUUCACAGUUUUAAAAUGUACCAAUUAUACCAAAAACUCUUUUUUGAAAUGAUAGGGAACCAAGUCCAAUCAGUAAAAAAACGAUGUGUCUAA